AUGGAUAGUAGCUCAACAAUAUCGUGUGGCUUUUCCAGCGAAAGUCCCAGUCUCAGUCGUAGUCGCAGCCAAUCCUUCAGCGAGUCACUUUCCAGUAUCGGUCCUGAUUCCAACCCCGGUACCAAGCUCCAACUUGUUGAAAGGAUAAUCGAGCCGCUGGCUUAUUACUCAACGCGCCGCUUUCAUCCUGUGCAUUUGAUGGACACUUUCAAGGAUAGCCGGUAUAGGGUUAUCCGAAAACUGGGCUACGGGUCCUUCUCGACGGUGUGGUUGGCGAGAGACACGAAACUUGGCCGCUAUGUUGCAUUAAAAGUCGGUCAAGCUGAGGAUCAAAGCUCGAGUGCACCAAUUGAGGAGACUCGAAUAUAUCAGCUGUUGGCGAAGACCAAGUUUCCAUCACAUCCUGGCCGUGACCACUAUCUUCCCUUGCUGGAUCAAUUUCGGUACACUGGUCCAAAUGGUACGCAUCAAGCUCUUGUUUAUGAGCCUAUGAGCGCCAGCGUCACCGAGGUGAAGGAGGCUCUGUUCCCUAACGGUCCGUUUCCGUUUCAGAUGGCCAAGGCCAUCCUCUGGCAGACGCUCUUAGGGCUAGAUUUCCUGCUAGCCAAUGGUGUCGUCCAUGGCGAUGUACAACCAAGGAACCUGCUGUUUACCCUAGAAGACCUUAAGGACGUACCAGAGGAUCAGCUGGUGCAGGAUAAGGACAAAUCCAUUACUCUCUGCGUCGACACUGAGCUGAAGGGGGGUGUGAAGGGGCCGGAGUACCUUGUUCCAGCGCACUCGUUGAUGCAGUACCUCAAUAUUUCAAAGCCAUUUACCGUCAAAGUGUCUGAUCUAGGCGGCUCCUUCCUCACUUCCCACCCGCCCUCAGCACCGUCGCCGCCCCUUCACCUCCGUGGUCCAGAGACGCUCUUUCAACGUUGUAUCUCUGCUAAUCAGGAUAUGUGGAGCUUUGGGUGCCUUAUUUUUGAGUUCAUCACCGGGUUCGCGUUGUUCGACCUUAGCGAUCACCCUGUGACGGGUAUAACGGACGACAUGCACUUUAUCGACAUGUACAACAUCCUCGGGUUUCCAAAAGAUGAGGCAUUGCGGAACCAACACUGGCCAAACUGGCGGAGAUUUUUCAGAUCUAAUGGCGAGCCAAUCGACCAUUUUAUUCGGAGACGAGACCGUGACUUUGAUAUAACCGGAAGGCCGACCUCGCAUACAUUGGAAGAACUGCUCGAAGAAGCGGUUGGAGAGGGGCUCUCGCCAGAGGAAAUUAACAUAACGAAGCAGUUGUUAAGAGGCCUGCUCGAGUUUGAAGUCGAAAAGAGGUUCACGACGAAGGAUGUGCUAAGGCAUCAAUGGUUUGUGGAGCAGAGGAGGGAUAUCUGUAUUUAG